AUGGAUUUCCUCUUACGAUUGGUCACCCGCCUACUCGAGCCCGAUAGUAUCGUGACUCAUGUGGAUGUCCCUGCCUCCUUCCUGGUAGACACAGGUCAGGUUUAUCAAGCCUUACGUAAGAUCAAAACUAAUAAAUCUCCUGGCCCUGACUCAAUCCCUAACAAAAUCCUUAAAAUGUUUACCUUUGAACUUGCUCAUGUAAUUGUCGAUGUUUACAAUUCAUCCCUCUCACAAGCGUGGUUCCCUAGCUCCCAGCUAAAGCUAUCUAUUGUCUGGCCCAUUCCUAAAGAGCUUCCUCCCACAUCUAUUGAGAACGAUUUGAGAUCGAUCUCCUUGACCUUGCAAAUUUCAAAAAUUAUGGAAAGAUUCACAAUCAACUCGUUGAUGCCUCAAGUAAUAGAUCAUCUUGACCCCAAGCAAUUCGCACUUCCGAACAAAUCAACUACCGAUGCCCUGGUGUACCUUCUUCAUCAAAUUUUUGCUGCCUUAGACAGUGGUCAUAACUCCAUCAGAUUGUUUUUCGCCUAUUUCAGGAAGGGCUUUGAUUUAGUGGAGCAUAACGUUAUUAUAAACGAACUUGGAAAACUUAAUGUCCACCUUGUCCUUACUCGUUGGAUUACAGCGUUCUUGACCAACCGUCAACAAUGUGUCAAAUUUGAUUGCCAUCAGUCCUCGUGGCGGGAAAUUGCGUCUGCACCGCAGGCUACGUGGAAAAGUGCCAAUGGAGGUUUACCCCAAGGAACAUGUUUGGGUUCUCUUCUAUUUGCUAUCGUGGUUAAUAAGUUAACCCAUUAUUAA